AACACACACACACAGUUGAAGCUGUUUGGCAAUGGCGUCCCUGUGAUUUCUGAAUUUCUCAAAGCCGCUCUGAAAUCCGAAUUGAAAGCGAUUGUUGAAAAGAUCUUACAGCGAGAUUCUUCCCGUACGGUUUUACAAAGAAGCUAAAGAAAACAAGCAAAUGGAAGGAAGAAGAGCAGAAGCCACUAAGGAAAAACAACUUGCAGAGGAGAAAUUCAGAGCCGGUGACAUUGCAGGAGCCAAAGAAUCGGCUUCCAAGGCAGAAAGUCUCGACCCGUCGCUUGUUGGUCUUGCUUGCCUCAAGGCCAGUAUCGAUGUGAAUUUAUCUGCAGAGAAGAAAAUCAAUGGAGAAGUCGACUGGUAUGCUGUUUUAGGAGUGGAUCCAACAGCUGAUGAUGAAACAAUCCGUAACGGGUACAGAAGAUUAGCACUUGCUCUCCUCUCGGACCAACACCGAGCUCCCGGUUCUGAUGAAGCAUACAAGCUUUUGUCUGAAGCCUGGAAGGUGUUGUGUAACCAAUCCAGGAAACAGGCUUAUGACACUAGAUGCAGAAUCCAACCGAGACACGGUCCCAGAAAACCGACCGUGUUUCAUGAUUUCAUGAGUGUCCCGAAGAACAACCAAGCUGAUUCCUCUUCAUCAUCAUCAUCCUCGAUUCCAGCCACAGGGGAGGAUACCUUUUGGACAAUGUGCAAAUCCUGUAGCAUAAUGUACGAAUUCUACAGGGAAUACUUAAACAAAAGCAUAUUUUGCCCUGAUUGUGGAGAGCCCUUCGAAGCUACACAGGCUCCGCCCCCAGCAACGGGUCCCUUCUUCAGUACAUGGGAUUCUGUUAAACAACAGAGCAGAAGAGCCAAUACGGCCACAAUGCCUGCAAAACCCGACGCCUAUGGCGGGCAGUCCUCGAGUUUUUCUACUGUUCAUUUGGUUGGCGGAGAAAGUCAAUCGGCUCGACAAUUCUCGGGGGCUCAGGGUGUUUCUGACGUACAAACACCGGGAGGAGGAGAUGAAAAUGCAUUGUCUCAACCUUCCUUGAGUGCCCGAGUUCCUUUUAGCCAACAAAGGUUUCAUGGUGGUGGAGGAAGUCAACCGAUUCAGGUUUCCUCAAGAGCUCUAAGUCUGAAACCUCAACCUCCUGUUGCAGUGAACCUCACACAGUUUCCUAAAAUGCUCCGCAACUCGUUAAUAGGAAAAGCGAAGAGGAUGAUAGAACAGAUAUUUGAACAGCAUCAGUUUGUGCCCGAAGCACAAAACUUGUCGGAGAAAAAGGCGAAAAAGAUAGCAGAGGGUGAAAGCUCAAACACUCGGGUUGGAGAGUCAUCUUUGCCAGAUCCUUCUACUGAGGUGGACGAGGCGGAGGAGGACCUUAGUGCGUUAACCAUGACUGUUCCUGAUCCUGAUUUCUACAACUUUGAUGAGGACAGGACGGAGGUUUCAUUCAAAGAAAACGAGGUAUGGGCUUCAUUCGACGAUUCUGAUGGAAUGCCUCGUUUCUACGCUAUGAUCCACAGUGUUGUGUCCCGGAAACCUUUCAAGCUGUCCAUUUCUUGGCUUAACUCAAGAAGCAAUGAGGAUUUGGGUCCGAUGAACUGGAUUGGCUCUGGCUUUUACAAGACCAGCGGAACUUUCUACGUGGGGAGGCGCCGAAAGUUGAAUGAAUCCCUCAAUAGUUUCUCCCACAAGGUUGAGUGGACAAAAGGUGCAAAGUCUGCUGUUCGGAUUUACCCCAGAAAGGGACAGGUUUGGGCUUUAUACAGAAACUGGUCACCAGAUUGGGACUGCUCAACUCCUGAAGAAGUUGUCAGGAAGUAUGAUAUGGUUCAAGUUCUGGAGGAACUUGACGAAGAACUCGGCAUCAUUAGGGUCGUGCCCCUCGUCAAAGUCUCCGGCUUUAGGACAAUCUUUCGCCGCCAUCCAGAGGGUAUGUCGGCUAUGACAUUUCCCAAGAAGGAACUGUUUCGGUUCUCGCACCAGGUGGCUUCUCACUUGAUUACAGGGGAAGAAUCCGUGAAUGCUCCAAAAGGGUUACUGGAGCUUGACCCUGCAGCCAUGCCAUUGGAGUUUCUUCGAGCUUUCACCGAGGAAGAGACGACAGAGAUGGAAGAUUCGUUUAUGAAAGCAAAGGAAGAGACUGAGGGGAAAUCAAAGGAGGAUCAUGAAAUGGGUUCGGAGCAUGAAGCAUUGGAAAACGCUGCAGAAGGUGAAACAAGUGAGAAGAAGGAGGAGGGGACUCAGAAAGAGAAGGGGAUUCUUGUUUACAAGCGAAGGCCAAAGAAAAUCAAAACCAAUUAGAUGGUUUUUCCUUUCAUUUUUCUUUUUCUUUGUUAUUUUUUUUCUUGCUUCGUUUUGCGUUUAUUUCCCUUUAUAUAUACAAAGCAAAGGUCAAGACUUUUUUUUUUCAGAUUGGUCCGAAGAAAAAAAGUCUUGAUUGUUGUAAGAGUAUU